AUGGGAGAUGUGGCAACGACAGUCGGGUAUUCUGUAGCGUCAGUUUUCAUCCUCAUCAUUGCUGCUAUCUGCUCAGGACUUAAUUUGGGUCUUCUUGGCAUAGAUGAUUUACGCCUGGGGACUCUUCAGAUAAGCAGCGGGUCCAAGGAGGAGAAGUACGCAAAACGCAUCCUGCCACUUCUUCGUGACCGCCAUCUAGUAUUGGUAACUCUUCUACUCUUUAAUGCAUUGUGCAUGGAGCUUCUGCCCAUCCUUCUAGAAAUACUCGUGGGCCACUUUACAGCAAUCCUGAUCUCAGUCACUGGCGUGCUCCUGUUUGGUGAAAUUGUGCCCCAAUCUAUCUUCCAUCGGUACUCAAUACCCAUCAGUGCAACUCUCGCACCUGUGGUUUGGAUAAUGAUUUUCAUGACCUUUAGUAUUUCUUUUCCUUUAGCCAGGCUCCUCGACCUUAUAUCGGGGAAGCCGAAGGAGAUUCUCUUUCGUCGGGAAGAGCUUCGUAACCUUCUAAAUCUGUAUGACGAGCGCAACAGAACGAGGAGGCGCGCUAGAGAGUCUAUAGACCAGACGGCAAUUAACGUGUCACCGACGUCAUCUCUCAAGAAACCUAGAUCCACCAAGAGUCUGUUCACGGCUACCGAUGGAACCGAGAUCUCGCAAGAGCACAUCGGGGGGCUUCGCAUAGGUCCACUUCCAUCUAUAGCCUCAACCCACGCGCGACGUCGUAAGUCGCAUGCCACUGCUCUUGCUCAUAAAGCUCGCAAGCAUGACCUCAAUAACCUGGACGGGGAGGUGGAAAGAGUGGUACUUCGUUGUCAAAGCAACGACGACAAUGGUGCUGAUCCUAACAGUGAGAGCAAUCAGGUAGACAUGGAACACAAGAUAAUGAGCAUAAUCAGGGAUCCAAGCGACUAUGAGCUGCUUCCCUACGAGAUCAGCGUUAUGAAGGCAGCUUUACGUACGGGUACCAAACAUAUGAAGACAAACAUUGUCCCGCUGGACGAGGUGUACGCUCUGGCUGCUGACAAAGAACUGAACAAAGAGCUGCUGAGAGAGAUUACAGAGCGUGGCCACUCCCGCAUUCCGGUUUACUCUGGCCCCGACAAGGGAGACAUUGUUGGUCUAUUGAGGACAAAAUCCCUCAUAAAUCACAAUCUCAAAGCUAACGAGACAGUGUUUGACGUUAGUUGCCAUGAAAUUAUGUGGUUUACGGAAGACACACAUCUGUACAUGGCCCUUGAGCAGUUCAAGAAAGGGCGCAGCCAUAUGGCCGCCGUAGUGCAGCCAGCGACAGACGGAAAGUGCCAGUUUGGUAUUUCAAGCUCACUUCCCUCCAGGGCGAUUGGAAUCAUUACCCUCGAGGAUGUCAUUGAAUGCAUCAUAGGAACUGACAUUACGGACGAGACGGAUCUCGAAAUGAAGCGUUCAGACUCUUCCGUGUCGUCCGACACUUUGUGA